AUCUGGCUUCUAAAGUUAUUCUGUGAUGUGUCCAAAUUUGAAUGGGGCCCGCACGUGACUUGGUAUCUAGUUGCGGCUGGUGUAAAACUGCUCCGCAUGGCAGCCGAGCGUUGAGCUUGCGAUGACAGGGUUCUCCAAUUUUUUGUGGAUGGGGAUUUUGGGUCGACGAUUUAACAUCAAGCGUCUGACUCGAUCAUUCCAUCUCGAACCGACCCGGCUAGGUAAAAAAAUUAUUUCGUGGAAAUUAAAGUUGCGCGACGAUGCGCCGCAAUAGUCUGCGGCGCUGCUCGAGCAAAUGCCAAUGAGGCACUUCUUCGCCAGCAUUCGCCGCUUCUCGCUCUCCGCCCGCCACAGUCGCCGGCUCGUCAUGGACCCUCUGGUUGUCAUUUACGGAUGCACGGGCACGGGCAAGUCUGAUCUCGCCGUGGAACUGGCCGUCCGAUUCAACGGCGAGGUCAUCAAUGCCGACGCGAUGCAGAUGUACCAAGGCCUGCCCAUCAUUACCAAUAAGAUCACGGCCAAAGAGCAGCGUGACGUCCGGCACUAUCUUCUUGGUAACAUCCCACUUGAGGAGGAGCCGUGGACCGUUAUAGAGUACAAGAGGGAGGCCACGCGCAUAAUAUCUGAGAUACGGUCUAGGGGCAAACUGCCCAUACUCGUGGGCGGGUCUUCAUACUAUCUUGACGGGCUACUGUUUGAGAACCAGGUUGUCGAGAGGCAGCCUGACACCGACGGCGACGUGCUGACCCAAACCGAAAUCGCGGCUAAAUUUCCGAUUCUCUCGGACUCGGCCGAUGCCAUGCUGAAGAAGCUACGCGAGGUAGAUCCCGCCAUGGCCGACAAGUGGCAUCCGAACGACGUUCGCAAGAUCCGGAACUCGCUCCAGAUUUUCCUAACUACCGGGAGGCGCGCAUCCGAGAUCUAUGCCGAGAAUCAGAGCCUGAAAGUGUCCAAGUGGGCACAUUCCGACCCUGCGGCGCCGACCCCGAGUCCCUGGAAUGCCCUGUUGCUCUGGUUAUACGCCAACCCCGAGUCACUGAACCCCCGGCUCGACAGCCGCGUGGAUAGAAUGGUCGAGAACGGCCUCAUUGCCGAGACUGCUGAAGUGUACGACUACCUCGAAGCGAGGCUCACAUCUGGGGAGACUAUUGACCGCACCAAAGGCAUCUGGCAGUCCAUCGGCUUCCGGCAGUUCGAGCCCUAUCUCUGCGCCCUCAAGGCCGGCGAAACGGCGGCCGCUGACCUGUCCAUUCUCAUGGAGGCCGGGAUCGUGGACACCAAGACGGCAACCCGCCGGUACGCCAAGUAUCAAGUUCGGUGGGUUACGAUGAAGACUCUUACCUCGCUGCAGGAAGAGAAAGCCCUCGAUAGGUUCUAUCUCCUCGACAGCUCAGACAUCAAGUCAUGGGGCGAAGAGGUGCUGGCAAAGAGCGUGGAGCUGACGGGGCAGCUCCUCGCUGGCGAGCCGAUGCCCCUGCCGACCACCUUGUCCGAGACUGCUCGGGCAGUUCUCACGUCAAAGGUGGAAAGAAGCAACCACCAGGUCACGCCGUGCCGUAGAGUUUGUGACUUGUGUAACAAGGUAGUCCUCACAGAGGAGCUGUGGCAAACUCACAUGCAAAGCAACCGGCAUCGCGCGGCCGUACGAUAUGCAAAAAGGACGGCGCUAGUAGGUGUCGAUCAGCCUCGGCCAGAUGUGAUGGCUGGGAAGCAGGCCCUGGAAGCAGACUCCCAGGCACUAGAAGCAGACUUUCAGGUGCUGGAAGAAUCUCACAACCAUAUACAGAAACAAGAUAGUACAUUAUAAUAAGACUUUUGCUCUACUA